GCUAAAACAUAACUUAGAUUUAGCCGACGAGGGUAGCUGUAGCAGGUGCAGAGGGACCAAACCCUCUGGCCUGCAGAGGAAAUGGUUUGCAGGUUCAGUUCAAAAAGCAGUCAGUCUGCCGCCCAAAACGCUGCGUAACCGGGGAGCACAGCCACGUUCGAAAUGUAUCUUUUGCAUGUGUUUACUAGCCCGUGCUUAAAUUAAGUUCCUGUUGGCUUAUUGCAAGAGCUUGGAGUACUUCCAUGCGAGGCCGAGCUGUAUGUUGCUGCUGAGCGCGUUGAUGGCAGAACUGGAGCAAAACCGGUAGAGAUUUUUCUAGCGGAGUCCUUUGUGAUGUUGCUGAGCUCAUUGUGGUAGCAGAAAUAGGCGCUAAUUGAAGAACGGUGCUCGUGCCGAGCACCGAAGAAGGAAUGGGUCUUGGUGUAAUCCGUGAUGGGGACAGCACAACAAGCUGGCGAGUUUUGGAGGAUGGUCUCACAGGUUUGGUGUUGAGACUCGCCAUCAUGUCAUCCGGUCAGGAAUCCAUUUUCUCGGAGUACGAGUCUGACACCAGCCAGACAUCGAAGCUGUUAAGAAAAUUUAAAGAGACACCAUUUGUACCCCUCGGGAUGGCUGGCUUCGCCAUGGUGGUCGGCUAUGGGCUGUACAGACUGAAGCACAGAGGCGACAUGAAAAUGUCUCUUCACCUGAUUCACAUGCGCGUGGCAGCCCAGGGCUUCGUCGUGGGAGCGAUAACGUGUGGUGUGCUGUAUUCAAUGUUUCAGGAGUACAUGGUGAAGCCCAAGGAGUAAUGGAAAGAUGACUGAAAUCUCUGUCCUGGUGGUGGCCUGUGUACUGCAGCUACAAACCUCAUAUCAAGGGGUUCUUGAGGAAAAAAAUAAUACAUGGUAUCAGAGAAUUGCCCUAUAUGUAUUUUGUGUAUGGUACACUGUCUUGAAGCUGGCAGCCUAAAUGAUUGUGCACUGGGGGAGCGGGUAUCGGGGUCUGGCUCUUUCUGAUUGACGCUACCAUAUCCCAGUUUUUAGGGGAUAUAGUAGAGUACAAUCCCUUUAUCUUCCCCUCGACUGUCGACUCGGUCCUAAAAUUGGUGACUUCUUUUGCUGCCAUUGCCUAAAACCACAAAGUCUGAACUAGCUUCCGUUAGGCCUCAGGCAGAGUGUGGAGGCCACAUCUGUAAGAUAGUGUUGUGAAUGCUUUGCUGUCAUUUUCUAUCCUGUAUAUUUGUCAGCCUCCAACUUUGUAAUUUAGAAGCUUCCAGUAGCACUAAAUGACUUCUAAAAUAUUGAGAGAUAUAAACAUCUAUUUUUUUUUUAUUUAAGUCAUGAGAUAAAUAUUUGGUGUGUUGCAGCUAUUUAAAUGUUAUAUUUAUUCAUUGUUAAUGAAGACACAGGCUCCCUAUUUUUACUAUAGAUUUUCAGACUUUUGGAUUACUGUUUUGUAACUUUAUUUACAGUGUUCUUCUGAGUAACAUUUAAAUGUAACAUUUAAAAUACAUAUUGUGAAAACUAAACCUUGAUUUGGUGUUCUAAUCCUUUUAGUUACUAGCUCCGAUUUCUGCAGCCUCAUUCCCCACUGAAAUUUUAAAACAUUUAAAUCUGAAAAGCCCCCAUCAUCUUCGCCGUGUUAAAACCCUUCUCUGCAAAUUGCCACUGUUAUUUUACUCUCGAACCCCUUGUAUCUCCAAUGGCAGUCACAAAAAUAAACGCAAUUUGUAAAAACCUCGUUUUCUCCUAUUAGCUUACAUUCUGUGGUGACAGUAUGGUGUCUCUUUGUAACAAAUACCGCAAGGUACAUACUGCACCUCUGUGUGUGACCUAUUGUACAGAGCAGCGGGAGAUGAAAUAUGAAUAAAUGUGCAAAUAUGAAUAAAUGUGCUGGAGGUAACAA